UUGGUUGUGUUAGUGUGUUCCCAAGUGUACUUGUGUUAGUAUGACAUAUAGGUAUAGUUACCUACCUACUUAUGAUUUAUACUUCUGAAUUACUAAUAGUUUAGAAAAUUUUCAUUGUUUUCCAUUUUUCCUUCCAAAAUAAGUAAUUGAUACGCUUUCAGCUUUUAUUGUGACCCAUUGUAAUAAUUAUGUGCAGACUUUGUUGGUUUUACGGUUUUUAAUAGAAAAUAUUUGAGACCAUACUGUGAUAAUGGAGGUGUCACAUUCACUGACCCUCAAUGAGGCUGCUCUUCAGCAGCUGCCUGAUGACAAGAAGCCACAUUUCAUAUUUGAAUGGCUUAGAUUUCUUGACAAGGUCCUGGUUGCUGCACAUAAGUCGGACAUAAAGAGCUGCCAACAGAAGUUGGUGGCUCAACUGGUGAAUCUUCUUCGAGAGUCUCUGGGUGCACCCGCUCGGCGGCUGCUGGCACGAUGUCUAGCAACACUAUUCUCAGUCGGCGAUACUUUCCUCUUGUUUGACACUGUCAACAAGUGUAAUGACAUCAUCAAAGUUAAGGAUGAUUCACCAUCUUACCUACCAACGCGACUAGCUGCGAUUUGUUGUCUCGGUAGUAUGUACGAGAAACUCGGUAGAAUGAUGGGUAGAUCGUAUGAGGAGACAGUGACCACGCUGGUUAGAUCUCUAAAGAGUGCCGAGUCACAAACUAGAUUGGAGAUCAUGAACACGCUUGAAAAGAUCUGCGUGGGCAUGGGGUCGGCGGCGGGCGGCGCGCUGCGCGAGGUGUGGCGCGCGGCGCGCGGCGCGCUGGCGGCGGAGCGCGCGGGCGGCGCGCGGGCGGCGGCGGCGCGCGCGCUGCGCCGCCUGCUGCCGCUGCUGCGCCUGCAGACCGCCGACGUGGACGCGCUCGCCGCCGCCUGCCUGCGCGCCGCGCACCCCAGCCACUACACGCUGCGUUGUGCCAUAGCUGAACUUCUUGGAGCUCUAAUAGCGACUACUCAGGCUGGUGAAAUGACAAAUCUUAAUCCUAAAUUAAAAGUUGGCAUCCAAUCAGUACAACAAAAUAAGAAAGAUCCGCCAAAAAACAUUGUAUCUUUGGACGAAGCUUUGAACUUGCUAAUGGGUGCAUUUCUGAGAGGUGGCACAUCUUUCCUAAAGGGAGAAAUAAUAAAAUCCGGCUCUGGAGUCAAUAGGGAAGUCCGUGUUUGUGUCACGCAAGCUUAUGUAGUGUUCGUGCAAAACAUGGGCGGUGUAUGGUUAGAGCGUAAUAUGACCACGUUCCUGACACACGUGCUGGACCUAGUGGCCAACCCGAAGGCGGCCAGUUCGCACGUCGACGCUGUGUACUCCAGAAAAUGCAUAAACUACAUACUACGCAAUACACUGGGCAAGAUGCUGGGCGAGAAAGCGCAAGCGUCCGCCUGCCGUGAGAUCAUACAGAUUGUUAUCAAGCAAAUGAACAGUAUAGACUUCAAUCCAGAGAAUGCCAAAGAUUGUAAUCAGGAGACGUUAUUUAGCCAGCACCUGCUGGUGUGUGCGUUGACGGAGGCGGGCGAGCUGGCGCUGCAGCUGGGCACUGCGCUGCACCACCUCGUAGCAGACACUUCACUCAAUAUGCUGCAAGCCAUAUGUGCUGUGCUGGAGCACCCGUGCGCGGCGGCGCGGCUGGCGGCGGCGCGCUGCGUGCGCUGCGUGUGCGAGGCGCUGCCCGCGCGCGCCGCGCCGCUGCUCGACUCCUGCCUCGACGCGCUCGACGCGCCGCGCGCCUCGCCGCACCGCGUCGCGGGAUAUUCGGCUGCGCUGGCUGGCAUCUUGGGUGCGGUGCGGCAGUCUCCGCUCGGCGUGCCGCACGGCCGCGGCAAGGUGGUGUUCAACGCGGCCGAGCAGCUGCUACGCUCCGCUGGCCAGAGCAGUCGACUGACCGCCGCGCGCACUAACGCUGGCUGGUUGCUCGUCGGUGCUAUCUGCACGCUUGGUGUUCCGGUAGUUCGAGGUUUAUUGCCGCGAAUGUUAUUACUCUGGAGAAAUAGUUUCCCAAGAUCGGCCAAGGAAUUGGAAUCGGAAAAAGCUAGGGGAGACGCGUUCACUUGGCAGGUGACGUUAGAAGGACGUGCCGGUGCUUUGUCAGCGUUGCAUAGUUUGUUAAUACAUUGUCCAUCGCUUGUUAACAAUGAUGAUACUGCUAAACGGCUUACACAACCCAUCGAUGGAGCUAUUGCUGUGCUCACCAACUUGGGCUCAGUAGUCCGCAAUUACGGCGGCGCACUGAAAGCACCAUCCGCGCUGCUGCGGCUGCGACUGUACCAGGCUUGUGGGGCACUGUACCAGGCGUGCGCUGCGCCCGCGCCGUUACUUCGCCUGCUGGCCGCCGAGCUGGCCGGCUCUGCAGACCCCAACGGCGCCACUGUGGCCACUGGAAUGCUCAGAAGUGCCAUGCAUCCACGUGAUACUAUACUGCUGGGUGAAGAAGGUUGGAUUUACGAUACAGAUCAAGCUGAUAUUGAAGAACAGCUGGUGUCGCCGCUGAGCGCCAGCGGGUCGGGCGCGCUGGAACACGACCCGUGCUUCGUGUUCCGCGCGGCGGCGGCGGCGGCCGCGCAGCCGCUCGGCGUCGCCGUCAUCGACGCCUCCGUCGCGCUCUUCCCGCUCAUCUUCUCGCGCGCCGCCAACAAGCACAGACAACAAAUGCUGGAGCACUUUGUGGAGUGCAUCAAGAUGUCGAAAGGUCCGCGGCAGGAGGCGAUACAGAUAAACGUAUACACUGCACUGCUGCUCGCGCUGCGGACCCUCGCCGAGAUGAAGAGCUCCCUCGGGCAGGACGCGGUCAAGAAUAUUGCUACAGAACUUAUUAUCAGUGGUCUAUCAGCGAACAGCAACACGGUCCGCGCUGCAGCUGCUUCUUGCGCGGGCAGACUUUGCGGUUGUAUCACCGAAGCAGAGAAUCAAGCACUGAGCGAUCGCGUGAUUGCUUUAGCCCGGUCGUCCGCGAGUCGGCCAACCCGCGCGGCUGCUGCAGCCGCUGUGGGUGCUGUACAGCGGGCGCGGGGUGCGGCGUCGAGCGCUGCAGCGCUGCCUGUGUUGCGAGCGCUUGCGCAGGAUACUACCUCUGUAGAACUGCAGGUGUGGUCUAUCCACGCGUUGUCAGUGCUAGCGGACGCGUCAGGGCCAAUGUUCCGCGGCCACGUAGAGUCCACGCUUAAUUUGGCUUUGAAGUUAUUGUUCAGCGCUCCACCCUACCAGGAGGACUUGCAUAGGAGCAUCGGACGACUUCUGUCCGCGUUGAUUACAGUUGUCGGCCCAGAAUUGCAAGUGUGCGCGGUGAGCCGGUUCGUGUGCGCGAGCGCGGCGCUGCUGGAGAGCGGCGCGGGCGGCGGCGGCGGCGGCGCGCGCGCCGAGGCCAUCGGCUGCCUGCAGCAGCUGCAGAUGUUCGCGCCGCGCCACAUCAACCUGCACACGCUCGUGCCGCAGCUCUGCCGCGAGCUAUCGAGUCCCGAAUUAGCAGUUCGUCGCGCGGCGCUGUGCUGCUUGCGGCAGCUGUCGCAGAAGGAGGCCGGCGACGUGUGCCGCCACGCGCUGCUGGCGCGCGACCACCUGCCCGCGCGGCCCUACAUAGGUGUGGUGAUAACAGAGACGGGCCUGCCGGGCGCAUUGUUCGCACUACUGGACGCCGAACGCGACGAUACAAUCCUGCGGUAUGCACGCGACACGCUCACUUGCUGCGUGCUCGCCGCUGCCGCUCCCACUUCUACUACCGCUACCGCUCCCGCGCCCGCCCCAACACGUCUUCGCGACUGGCUGGCGCUUCUCAAGCGUGUGCUCACUGUGCGACUUGAGGAUAGUAAUAACCCUGAGACGGACUUGGACGGCGAGGGCGAUGAUGACCAGGCGGAAUUCCAUGCGGAGUCGGAGCAGUCCACGCACCCCGCAGUGCAAUCUAGGUGGCCCACGAGGGUAUUUGCAAUGGAGUGUAUACAGAAAAUACUGAGCGCUUGCGAAGCGACUGGUGACAGCGCACACUUCGAUCUCGUCAAAGCUAAGGAGAAAUUACAAACUGAUCCAAAUGCGGACUACCUGUCGCUGCACCUGUCGGACCUGGUGCGCAUGGCGUUCGUGGGCGCGACGGGCGAGGCGGACGCGCUGCGGCUGUGCGGGCUGCGCACGCUGCAGCUGCUCGUGCAGCUGUUCGCGCGCGCGCCCGAGCCCGACUUCCCCGGCCACCUGCUGCUCGAGCAGUACCAGGCGCAGGUGGGUGCGGCGGUGCGGCCAGCGUUUGCAGGCGAUACGGCGUCGCACGUGACAGCGGCCGCUUGCGACGUUUGCUCCGCCUGGAUUGGCUGCGGCGUCGCCAGGGACAUCAACGACCUGCGCAGAGUUCAUCAGUUACUUGUGUCUAGUUUAGACAAAUUAAAUACUAAAGGCAAUACGACGCUCAUAUACAAUGAAAGUAUGGCAACAUUAGAAAAGUUGUCAAUCCUAAAGGCAUGGGCUGAAGUUUACAUAGUAGCAAUGGUUAGCAAUGGAAGUGCUCCAGGUAGCUACGUUAAGCAACUUGAUACAAAGCCGUUUAAUACCAAGGCUGAGUUAGCAAAAUGGCGCAAUCAGCUGCUUCAGAAUAGCAAUGAGAUUGACAAUGCCAGCCAAAGUGACGACGAUGACGAGUACGGAGAGUUUGAGUCGAAAGGAGAAAGCCUGCUGAAGCUAGUCGAACCUGAGUUGGAAAGUUUAGGGGAGAAUUGGCUUGCGGCGUUGAAGGAUCAUGCGUUGUUAAGUUUACCUCCAGAGUUCGCGUCGCAACUACCCCACGGCGGUGGAGCGUUCUACUGCGCAGCAACAGCAGAUGCAGCUCGACCACACUAUGCUCGCGCUUGGCCCGCGCUGCUGUAUGCUGCCGCACUGCGUUAUGGUUCGCCUGCUGCUGCACCCGUUCCCGCUGCCACCACUGCCACCGCUACCGAUACUGCGGCCCCUCCCGCCACCGAGACAACGGAAGAUACAUUGGACAAUCGAGCAGCAAAGAACGAAAAUGGGAAUUUUGAAUUCUAUGAACCACUUGAUGAAAGAUUCCAUUUAUUAUUUGGCAUAUGCAUGGAAGCGCUGUGUGCUCAAAGAGAUAUGAGCGUGGAAAACACGAUACAAGUCUUAUUGUCUCUUGUUACAUUAUUAGAUGCGCCUGAAAAUAGAGCUAGAUUAUUGAAAGACAGAGCACUAGCUAUAGAGUUGUGCCAAAUUAUCCAUCGCACCGGCUUAACUGAAGAGAGUAUCGAGGCGCUGUUUCUUUGCGCUGAUGUCCUCAAGCUGAUUAUAGAGGGCGCUAAGGAGCAGCUACAUGCAAAUAUGCAGGCUAAAAUUAAAGAGUUGGCUCCGCAAGAGUCGGCAGCGGGCAGCAUCCCGCAGUCGGUGCUGGAGGCGGUACAUACACUGGGCGAGGGCGGGCCUACUGGUGACCUCGUGCCCGGCAAGUCUGUUGUGUUCUCGUGCCUGGAGCUGGGCGUGUGCGUGGCGGCGCGGCGGCUGCCGGCGCUGCGUGCUGGCGCGGCAGGCGCGGCGGCGGCGCCGGCGGCGCGGCCGCUGGGUCCGCGCGCUGAUGCGCUGCUGGCGCGGACGCUGCGGGCGCUCGCCGACCUGCCCGCGCUCACCAGCCCGCACGGCGCGCUGUCGCUGCUGCCGAGCCUGCUGUACCUGGCGACGGAGAUGCUGCGCGAGGGCGCGGGCUCGGCCGUGGUGGAGGAGGCGGCGCUGCUGCUGCUGCAGGCCGCCGCCGACUGCCGCGUGGCGCGCCUGUCCGACCACACGCGCCAGCAGCACGCGCACCUGCUCAACGCCACGCUCGCCAAGCUCAUCGACAGGGUCAAGAGCGAGGAGCCAGAUCAGCGCAUCUCGGCGGUGGCGGGUGCACGCGCCAUGGCGGCGCUGGUCAGCCGCGCGCCGCCCGCGCCGCCGCUGCACUACCCCUGCCUCAACCACUUCCGCCAGUGCCUCGACACCGACGACCACGAGGCGUUCGCGGCGUGCUGCGGCGCGCUGCGGCGCGUGUGGGGGCGCGGCGCGGCCGGCGGUGGUGGCGGGGCGGGCGGGGCGGGCGCGGCGUGGGCGCGUGCGCUGGCGGCGCGGCUGGUGGCGCGCGCGGCGGCCGCGGCCGGCAGCGCGCCGCCCGGCCCGCAGCCCGCGCCCGCGCGCGCCGCCCUAGCCGCCCUCGCCGCGCUCGACCACCUGCUCGACUCCGCGCCACGCGAUGCCAGCGCGGCGCUGGUGCGCGUGGUGGCGCCGGUGGUGGUCGCGAGCCUGCGGCCGCCCGGGCGGCUGGCGGCCGCGCCGCCGCACCACCGCGCGCUGCACGACUUCGCGCUGCAGUGGCUCGCUCGCCGCGCGCCGCACUACCCGCAGGAGUUCAAAGACAUGAUGCAACAGUCGUCGGAUUUACGCACAAAACUGGAGAGCGCGGUGAAAGCGAACCAAGCGAGCAGCCGCGCCGCGCGCCAGCCGCAGCAACAGCGGCCGCUGUUCGACGCCAAGCCCGCUAAACCCACCAUACAACUCAAGACGGACUUCAGUGACUUUAGGUAAACUCAUAGGCGUAUUUAAAGGGGCCAGGGAGGGUUGUGUCCACGCCAGGGUAUGAACGGAACAUUCAGUUAUGCGCAAAGACAUGUCUCAAGUACAUAGCGGUUUUUAGGGCCUGACCUUCCUUCCCCUCUCUGGAAAGUAAUCUUAAAUACGCCGAUAAGUAAACUGCCAAGACUUGAUGUUGGAGGUUGUUGACAUUUGGUAGAAUUUGGAAUUCAUUUCAAUAAAUAACCCUUGUACUACGGUCAUUGAUCUUCCAAGAGUUUAUAAUGCCUUGAUACGGAGAAAAUUGUCAGGUAAUGUACGAGUCAUUUAAAUUAUUUAUUUAGUAAUUAACCUGUGGAAGUAGUACAAGGAUUCUGAUCUAUAAAGAUGAAUUCCACCAGAGCUUUUUAAAAUAAAAAUGGACAUAUCAUGCAGCGCCAUCUAUAUUUUAAAGUAAGCGCAAUUUGUAGUACGAGUAUAACAAAUGACGUACAUGAAUAUACAGGGUAAAAUUGUAAUCAUUAGCGACACGAAAAAUUAACCCUUAUUCAUAAAUACUCAAAACCACUACAAACCUAUUUUAACUAUUGAACUGUUUUGUCACUUUCCUUCUAAUUGGGAAUGUAGCAUAAAAGAAAGAGAGAACGUCUAAUACAUUUGACGUUUUUAUGUACAAGAGCGUAAGAUAAGAAGAUAUGGGUAGAUCACAUGUUAUGGAAUAUAUUUGGACAUUUUGUGAAUCAAAAGUUUAAAAUCGACAAAAAAGUGUGUGUCUACCAUACUAACUCAACAGCUGAGUGGGCCAAGUUAGUAGGUAUCAUCAUAUCAGCUGUUUUUUUUAUCUAUUAUUAAACAUACACCUCCCCCAUAGACUGCCAUAAAGAAUGGCUCUAAGCCACCUGCAUCCAUUGACUCUUUGCCAAAUUUUUGAUAUCGUCACUCCAUCUAACGGAGAGUAGUUAUACACUGUUUGCCUGUAUGGGGUCUCCAUUCAAGAACCUUUCUUCCUCAUCAGUUAUCGGUUCUUCGAGUUAUGUGAUCAGUCUAUUGCUUACUUAUCUUUCGGCGUAUAUCGGUCACUAGUUUUUUGUGGAUACCCUCAUUUCGGAUUCAAUCACGCAAAGUUUGUAGGUAUGAGAGGUUCAUAUUUUUUCGUAUUUUUUUUUGCUUAUGUUUCUUGGUGACAGUGUUCAGCUUCUCUAGUUUCUAGGGUAGAAUACCCUUCAAAGGAUCUUAAAUAUUUAGUAUUUCUGUAUAUUCAUGUACGCAUUAGUGUUGUCUAAUAAUCGAUUAUUCAAUUAAUCCGGUUUUCACCCAGAAAUUGAAUCUGUACCAUAGAUAUGAAAUUGUACUCAAAUUUAUCGAUAUCGAUUGAUAGCUUGUUGCAAUCAUGUAUUACUAGUCAAAAUAAUAUGUUCAAAGCGACUAAACGUUAACAAUACUAAAACUUUUAGAUACAUUGCAACUUUACUUUGGCUAUAUUGAAUUUCUGAAUUAGAAGGUAAGCUAUUAACAAUGAACACGUUCCUUUUAAGAUAAUGUAGUUUGUAAACAAUAUUGACGGUUAAUGCCAAUAACUGCUAACAAACAUGGACAGAAUUCUUCAAGUGUCACAGAUAAAAUACUAAUUCUGAUUUUAUACAAAAUACCAAUAAAAUGUAUAGUCAAUUAAAUGGUUUUUAUAUAAAUUCUGAAUACUUUGUUAUGAAAAUAAUUUCUCUAUGUAACAUAGAAAAGGAGAUAGGUAAAUUAAAGGUUGUCUGGAAGAGAUUGCUUAAGCGAUAAGACCGCGUAAAUAUGUAUACUGUUUUGUAUUAUUCUUCAAGUAGUGCAAUGAAGAAUAAAUAAUUAAAUUAGAAAAUAUGUCUACAUGCAAAUUCUUACUAAUAUUAUUAAUUUGUACAAAGUCUCCCAAUCACAUUCGAUUGGGAGACUUUGUACAAAAGUCGAUUGCUUGGGUACCUCUGUCCCAUUCGUGUUUCAGCCGUGAAGCAGUUGUGUUUGCAUGGCUGUGUUUCGGUUUGAAGGGUGGGAUAUGGCGUGAAUUUACUGGGUACAGAGGAAUAACACCUGAGUCCUCAGGAAUGGCAACGCAUGGGGGGUAUCAUGAGCGAGGCAGUAUACUCUGUUGUUUCCAUGGUACUGCUCAUGUCAAUAGGCGACGGUUAUCACUUUCCAUCAGGUGGGCCGUCAGCUUGUUUGCCAUUCUAAGUUGUAUAAAAAAAAAUGUUAAAAUGACUUUGUUUGUUUGUUACCUUACACCACUCUAACAGCUUAACUAAUCACUGUGAAAUUUGAUAUACACUUAUUAUAUGCCAUGGAGGCUACUUACUUUUUUAACUCAGUCAGUAAACAUAUUUCGAUUACUCGGAUGAAGUCACGGGUAAAAGCUGCUAUUUUAUAGAUGUUAGGAGAUAUUGGUGGUUAACCGUCGAUAUGUACCUACGUGUUUUAAUCGGUGUACUAGAAAAGAAAUUGUGACUAUCGAAAUAUCUAUACUGUUUAUAUUUUUAUAGUUUGACUAGAAUAUAUCUAAUAAUAUACGUAUUAAUAAAUAUAUAAAAGUAUACAUUACAUACUGUGAUAGGGAAAGCGCAUAGAUAUGUGGUAUUAAAUCAGUUAGCCAAAUUUUAUACAGUUAUAAUUAAUAAAUAAAUUAUUACUAUACUGCCUUGUACUUCCAAAACAUUCUGAAAUCUCAUGCAUUUUGAAUUAAUUUAGCAAUUUAAAAAUAAUUCUUGGUUUCGUAAUAUGUGUAAUGUUAUUAUUUCGUAUAUAAUUUAUGUGCAUCUUUAUAUACUUUCAUAACGUUAAGGCCUACGUAAAAGACUUGGACUCUCUAGAGGGAGACUGUAAGUCUUCUCGUGUUUCUGGCGUAAUGUAGCUGUACUUUCAUGGCAGUGUUUUUGGUUUUAAAUGUGGCGAUAUGGCGAUAUGGAUAUUUUAUUUAUUUAUUUAGGUUCACCAACAAUUGUUUCCACAAAAAAAAAUGUAAAUAUAUAUACAAUUAUGGAGCUCAGAACUAAGUGUAACAAUUUUUUAUAGGCAAACACAGCAUAUAUUGAUACAUGUAUAACAAUAAGUACGGAGAAAUAUAUGUAUAUAGCUUACAACUAUUAUUAAAUGCUUAACAACUAAAGCCACCAUAUCCACAGGCAGAUUCAGCAGCACGACUCAUUUUAUAUAUAAUAUUUACCGUUGUGGUUAAUUUUUAUUGAAUUUAUCACGAUGGGCUAACUAACUUGUUUUCAUCCUUAUGUCUUUCAAUGGUGUCCUGCCAGUGUAUAUUGAUAGCGCAGGCGGAGUUAUCAUUCCAUUAAAAAAAUAAUACAUCAUUGCAAGGCAAGGAAAACUUGAAACAAGACUAUACCGAGCCGCAUGGCCUUUUACGGGAGCCCCCAUGUACUAGUUCAGCACGUUUAUGGAUUCCUAUGGCGUCUGUUUGCGUGGGCCUUAACAAUUAUUCCUUAACAUUUUUUUUAUUACUGAUACAUAAUAAGUUAUUUUUUACUGUUUUCCGUUGUCAAUUAACUAUUUCAAAUAAAAGCGAGGAAUACUACUUAUAUUAACUAUUAGACUUUCUCGCUGCAUGUUUCAUAAGAAACCGGAAUUAAGGCUAUUAUUUAGGUAGACUAUGACAAUUUACUUGUAUUAUCUCGAUGUUUCGACCACCUUUACUAUGUCUAGUCUAUUCCAGAUUACAGUCGGUGUCAUCAGUAGAGUUACUCUUCAAAUAAGUUCCAAAAUGUCUCAAUUUCAAUACUGAUUUAUCAGUAUUGAAAUUGAGACAUUUUGCAGUCUCUAAUGAGUGUAGUAUAAAAUUGUCAUUGGCAAUACAUUGGAUUGAUAUCGAUGUUGGAUUCGAGAGUAGACUAAUUGGUAGAAAUGUCGACAGAAUUCAAAUAAAUUAUCAUAUUUUAUCUAAAUGAUCGACUCAAUUCUUUUAUAAGACAUAAUGAUACGACUAGUAUAUAAAAAAUUACGUGAUGAAGUAGUUGUUGUUGUGUAUAGAUAUAAAAAGAAGUAUUUAUCUGACUGAAUAAUGAAAGUAUCUUUUAUUAAUAUUAACUUCAGUUUUAUGAUAUUACGUUAAACAAUGAAAAUAAGAAAUGAAUUUGCUUUAGGAUUAAAAAUACUUAUGUCGACCUUAUUUUAUUUUAGUGUUUAUUUUUAUUAUAUAAGUUGUAACACAAUCUUGUAUUUGAUUAUUAAUAAAUUUAAAAGAACUAAUUAA